AGGUAGGUUGAGAGGAAUCCGCUGAACAACAAACAUUAAACAGGAAUAUAUUUAUCUCUCUGUAAGUUUCAUUUAGGUUAAAUAUCAAACAACAGUUAUUUGACAAUGGACAUCCGAGGAGCAGUGGAUGCCGCUGUCCCAACAAAUAUCAUCGCAGCCAAGGCUGCUGAGGUCCGCGCUAACAAGGUCAACUGGCAGUCCUACCUGCAAGGCCAGAUGAUCUCAGGAGAAGACUGUGAGUUCAUCAAGAAGUUUGAGGUAGCUCAUUCUGAGGAGAAGCAGGCAAUUCUGACAAAUGAAGGACAUCAGUGUGCAAAGACCUUCCUCAACCUUAUGGCCCACAUAUCGAAGGAGCAAACAGUUCAAUACAUCUUGACCUUGAUUGAUGACACUCUACAGGAAAAUCAUCAGAGGGUCAACAUUUUCUUUGAUUAUGCCAAGAAGACUAAGAACACGGCAUGGUCCUAUUUUCUCCCCAUGUUGAAUCGUCAGGACCUCUUCACCGUUCACAUGGCUGCAAGGAUCAUUGCCAAGCUGGCUGCCUGGGGACGGGACCUGAUGGAGGGGAGUGAUCUGAAUUACUACUUCAACUGGAUCAAGACUCAGCUCAGCUCCCAGAAACUACAUGGUACAGGUGCAGAGACAGGAACAGGAACCAUCUCUCCCAGUGAAAGCUCCCAGUAUGUUCAGUGUGUGGCUGGCUGCCUGCAGCUGAUGCUAAGAGUGAAUGAGUACAGGUUCGCCUGGGUUGAGGCUGAUGGAGUGAACUGCAUCACGGCCGUGCUGAGUAACAAGUGUGGCUUCCAGCUGCAGUACCAGAUGAUCUUCUGCGUGUGGCUCCUGGCCUUCAGCCCUCAGCUCUGCGAACAGCUGCGUCGCUACAACGUAGUGCCCGCCCUCUCCGACAUCCUCCAGGAGUCUGUCAAAGAGAAGGUCACCCGCAUCAUCCUCGCUGCUUUCAGGAACCUGCUGGAGAAGUCUGCAGAGAGGGAGACUCGUCAGGAGUAUGCUUUGGCCAUGAUCCAGUGCAAAGUCCUGAAACAGCUGGAGAAUCUGGACCAGCAGAAAUAUGAUGAUGAAGACAUUACCGAUGACAUCAAAUUCCUUCUGGAGAGACUGGGAGAAAGUGUCCAGGACCUCAGCUCUUUUGAUGAGUACAGCUCGGAGCUGAAGUCUGGCCGGCUGGAGUGGAGUCCGGUGCACAAGUCGGAGAAGUUCUGGAGAGAGAAUGCUGUCCGCCUGAACGAGAAAAACUACGAACUGCUCAAGAUCCUGACCAGGCUGCUGGAGGUGUCUGAUGAUCCUCAGGUUAUUGCUGUGGCUGCCCAUGAUGUGGGAGAGUAUGUGCGACAUUACCCUCGUGGCAAAAGGGUGAUUGAACAGCUGGGUGGGAAGCAGCUGGUGAUGAACCACAUGCAUCAUGAGGAUCAACUGGUGCGCUACAAUGCACUGUUGGCGGUGCAAAAGCUCAUGGUGCAUAACUGGGAGUACCUGGGGAAACAGCUGCAGUCCACAGAGCAGGCCACCCCAGCUGUAGCUGCCAGAAGCUGAACAGUAUGAUUGCGUCAGUGGAUGUUGUGUGAAUGUCUAUUACAGCUGCAUUAUGAAUAUGUGUUAAACUAAAUGUUUGAUGCUGUUAAGUUGAUAUACUGUAUUUGUGUCCUUAAAAUCCUUCGACAACUGGACUGCUUCCCAAGACUUAAAGCCCUGGUCAUUAACUGCUCACACAGCACCAUGGUUGCUUUAGAACUAGCUCUGAGUUACGAUAAAUGUAUAUAUGUGUACAUUUCAGCAGGUGAUUGACAUUCGUUUGUUGCAGAAUCAACAACUAGCAGAAACUGCUCCUAGGGGCUUUACUUUCCUUGUGACUGUGCGUCUUCAUGAUGUGAACUAAGUCAUUUCCAAAGUAAAUGAUAUUCAGUGUUAUUUAUGUGUUGUGUGUAAAACAAAUGAUAUGCAUUCCAAUAAAAGACUUUAAUUUAACAUGUC